UCAACACAUGGAAACAGAAGCUGAUGGAGAGGACUGUGGAGGACCAGAACCAGCCAGGAACUCACAUCCACUUUUACAACCAGAGACUGAAGACCAGACUGGAGACUCUUCGGAGACGGACGUCAGCGAUGGUUGGGAGGAGAGCAGGGACAGCCCGUCAGGUUUAAACUCUGUGAGAGAUAACGUGAGUCGGGCUGACAAAGAAUCGUUCUUCUGCUCCGAGUGUGGGAAAACAUUCAGCCACAAGACGAACCUAAAGAGACACAUGCGGUGCCACACGGGAGAGAAGCCGUUCAGCUGCUCGUUUUGCAGUAAGAGCUUCAACCGGAGGGAACACCUGGUGGCUCACAUGAGGUGUCACUCGGGAGAGAAGCCGUUCAGCUGCUCAGUCUGCGACGCCAGUUUCAGUCACGGCUGGAGUCUGGAGAAGCACAUGAGAGUCCACACCGGCGAGAAGCCGUUUGGCUGCUCGCUCUGCGGCAAAAGCUUCCGGCAGCGCUCGGAUUUGGUCGCACACAUCCGCAUUCACACGGGAGAAAAGCCUUUCUGCUGCUCGGUGUGCGACGCCAGUUUCACCCAGCGGCACACUCUGGUUCAGCACACCAGAACCCACACAGGCGCCAAACCAUUCGGCUGCUCGGUGUGCGGGAGGAGUUUCUCCCGGAAGGGACACAUGACGCGGCACAUGGCGGCGCACAGCGGCGAGAAAGCGUUCCGCUGCAACGUAUGCGGCCAAAGCUUCACGUGGCAGUCGCAGUUUAAAAGGCACGAGUGUGCCGGGGGGGGGGGGCGGCGCGUGGCGACACAGCGGUAAAGCAACCGUAGAAGCUUUUCUCACAGCGUUGAGAGGGUAGGAAUGUAUGGGACUGAAAAGACUCCAUUUCCUUUCCAUUCCAUUUUCGCUCUUUCAAUUCACUUCGGGAAUGAAUGUGUUGAAUCUGCCGGUCGGAAACAUGAGGAUACUUUUGCCACCCGACCACGCCCACCUCACCUGUUGACUAUAAAUUGUUUGUGAGUCCUUUGGCUCGUGCUUUGCGCUCUCUGCCGGCACUCCGAUGCAUCCUGUGUGCGUCUUCAUAAGUUAACGUGAGUCACUCUAUACGGCUGCUCGAUUAUGGAAAAAAAUAUAAUCACGAUUAUUUCGGUCAAUAUUGAAAUCGCGAUUACUCGUUGACUUCUGGAAAGAUGUUGCAAUUAUUGAACUUUAAAAACAGUGGAAAAAGUUCAAUAAAUCAACAGUAAAAAAACUGUGAACUUUGCCUUAAUACUUGUCUUAUUGAAACUUUAUUUGUUCUUUCAGAACACGAGAGAAAAUAAGAGUUUACUUGCAAAACGUAAUGAGCUAAAUAAUUGUUUUUCUCGAUUAUUCUGUUUUUGUGAUCAUUGGGACCUGAAAUCAUAAUCACGAUAACAUUUUUUGAUAUGAGGCGACCUUUUCUAGAAGCUGGUUGAAGGAAUGAACGCUGUGUUCACACGCUCCAACGAGUCUGGAGACAUCCUGUAUUACACGGCUACGCGUAAACAGGAAUAUAAGAGGAAUAUUCACUUUCAUUAGUCGUGGAAACCGCUCAGAGGAAUAUCGUCUUUUUCAGCAAAAGGGCAAAAACCUGAAUAUUAUGUGCAUGUAAACGUAGUUAUUGAUGAGAGACUUAGUGGUCUGAAGGUAUAUAGCCAAGGAUUCACUCUGCCAAAAAACAUUCAUAAAAUUAUGCCAGAAAUGUAUAUUUUAAUAGCUUUGUAUUCUAUGCACUAAAAAGGCUGUAGGCCUGUAUCUUAAUUUUAUACAAUAUAUGUUGGGGGGGUCCCUGCUC